AUGCCAGUGGCUCCAGGUUCUUUUGAAUGGGUCAUUCCCGCGAAGCCCAAGCCAGGGCGCAAGCCCAAGAAGGACACCAUACAGCCUGUACAAGAACCCGAGGUCGAUAACAAGGGUCGUCGUGUGCAGAAUAGAGCUGCUCAGCGAGCAUUCCGCGAGCGCAAGCAAUCGCAGCUUGCCGAGUUGCAAGCUCGUGUUCAGCAGUAUGAACAAGGGGAAGUCGAACGCAAUGUCGCUCUCCAGAACAUCGCUAAGCGCCUCAAGGAGGAGAACGAGAAACUUCGCUCAGAGAACUCUCUCCUCAAGGAAAAGAUCGGUCAGUUGGAGGUAUCCCAGGACAUCUCGAAGAAGCGUACUCGCGGAGACUCACUUCCGAAGUCCCCUACCCUUCCAUUGAACCAAUUCGCGCGAAAGAAGUCUAAGCUCACGCCGGACCCGCCUAAUUUCGCUCUCUUGUCGAGUAUGGCGUCGUACGAGGGUGUCUCUUCCCCAUCUUCCGUGGGCUCUUCCCCUUCCCCGUCGUCUCUUCCAUCGUCACACAAUAGCUUCUCCCCUGCACCCAUGCACUCAUCGUCUCACGACACGCAAGGUGGCAACCAACUCACCAAUGUCUUCGAUCUCUCUGUAGAUGCGAAGAGCUCUCUCUUCGAAGGCGGUCCCCUCUCGUGUGGCUUCUGCAGCGAGUCAAUAUCUUGCGUCUGCAAGGAGAUCACUAUGCAACAAGUUUCUGAACAGCUGCGAGUGUCCGAUCCUGCGUCGCAGAUAAAUUCAGGGCAGCACGGCAACUCUGCCAUGCAGCUCGACCUGCGUUCCUCGGCGUCGACUGCAAAUUCGCCUCCAUCUAUUCUGGACAACCUGCCAGAGUACCAGGCCCCGGUACCGCUGCGCCGGCGCACCCCAGUCGGCUCCGUACGUCCCGUGUUUUCCAUCUCCUCGUCCUCGAAUUCCGCAAAUACCGCCUCCUGUUCCGGCGACCCGUCGAACUGUCUCGCGUGUGCAGACGAUGCCUUCGGCAAAGCGUUCUGCGAUGCCAUCGGGCGGACACCUCGAUCCUCAUUAACGAUUUGGCGGCCACAUCCGAGACCAUCUCCUGUGACACCGCGUGGCGCGAGCUCAAAUUGCAUCCCAACGUCGACUUUGCCGACCUGA